GUCAAAAUGACAGCGUGAUGGUUAUUGAAAAUUGCUUGACUCCAGAAUCGAUAUUUAAUAAAUCAUUCUUUUGUUCAUGUUUAUUUUUAACUGGUUAAAAAGUCACACAAGGUAUAUUUUUGUAAACACAGAAUGUGUCUGACAAUAACAAAGAAAUAAACUUCUCUAACCAAGUUAUAAUGUGCAUCUAUUAGAUAAUUAUAAAAUGGCUGGUUUUGGUGAUUAUACUGGAUAUAAUCGACCUUUUGGUUUUGAUCCGAACAGAGAUAGUAACGAUUUGUAUGAUACCCGAUAUCAACAAAUAUACGGUUAUCAUACUCCAAUGACUGAGGAGUACCAGGGCCCGCCGCUCGUUAUGGAUGAUGUUCCUGAAGAAGAAAAUAAUACAUUUGUAACAACUGCAAUAAGUGUAGCAAGUCUCGUUACAGAGAAUCUACUAAGUCAUCCAUUCAUUGUGUUGAGACGCCAAUGUCAGGUGAACCGUGGUCUUAAAAGUUACCACAUUGUACCAUACACACUACUGCCCGUUGUUGUGAAGCUGCACAGGAGACAGGAAUUAACAACACUGUGGAAAGGAAUCGGAUCCACUUGUAUUGUUAAAGGUCUCAACUUGGCUGUAGAAGAUCUGAUAUCAAAGGGUACUAAUUGGCCUAAGGACAUCGGAAAAUGUCAUUCUGUCUUACAAUUCCUUCAACAUGUAACUUUAAAAUGUGUCAGUCUUGCUAUAAUCACUCCGUUUUACUCCGCAAGUUUGGUUGAAACAGUUCAAAGUGAUAUCGCCAGUGAUAAGCCUGCAUUAUUUGAUGUGUUCAGAGAAGGAUUCCUACGUAUUCUAGAAUGGGGAACUCCAAGUAAAGGUAGAAUGCUACCGAUUUGGGCUAUAGUACUACCAACUGCUGGGUUAGGAGUAUCCAAAUAUCUAGCACAUUUGCUAUUGAGGAAAAUAACAAUCAAAGCCCUUAGAUUCCAACAAAGACAUCGCCAUGAGUUGAGUGAUUCAUACAAUUCCAACUUUCCGAAAAACACCCAGAACCCGCUAAUAGAAGAUAUUAAUUUAAAAGCAAAUAUCUUUUCCUUUGUUACUAUGGAAAUUAUCUUCUAUCCAAUAGAGACUAUUAUCCAUAGACUACAUAUACAGGGUACAAGAACAAUCAUAGACAACUUAGACACAGGUACCUCGGUGACACCCAUUCUAACUGGGUAUGAAGGCUUCAUGGACUGCUAUAUUACAACAAUAUCAAAAGAAGGUGUAUCAGGUUUAUACAAGGGUUUUGGAGCGUUAGUUUUACAAUUAGCUGCACAUUUGGCUAUUAUAAAAUUAACCACAAUAGUGGUGACUGAAGUAUCUAAUCUAUUGAAACCAGCAAGUACACCAACUAAUUCUGAUGGUUCAAAUGUCUCGCAGCAAAAAUACUUAUUCAAUUAAUCAAUUGGCUCCAUGCCUAUGUUUAUAUUUUUGAAUAAGACAUAAAUGGCCAAUAUAUGUUGCAAGUAAAUCAGUUAAAAAAACUAUGUUUCAUUAUACUUGUAGGUGUAAAUUGUUGAUUCUAGUUGUGAGACCUGGUUAUUUUAUUUUGUUGUAAAUUAUUUUGCUAGUUGUAAGCAUAACCACAGCUUUUCAUGUAAGUUUUAAAUUAUGUUUGAAAUAAAAGGGUUUGUUUAAGUU